AAACGAAAAUUGAUACCCAUCUAAUAGUUUACAUAUUAUGCUUUGCACUUUAAAGGUUUUUACCGUUUUAUACAGAAUGUUUUGAGGAAACUUUUCAGAAUAGUUCAUAGUACCGCAGAAAAUUUUCGUAAACAGCAAAAUAAGAAUUUUAUUAGUACGCACUGAGAAUGUUGAAAACAAUUAUCCAUUAAAACAAAUAAAAUUUUAGUUAACUUGCUAUUAAAUAGUCUUACAAAACUCUUUUGAGGUAAGUUCAUAGUAAAUACUUAUUCUAAAAGAGGCUGUCCUCAUAGGUUGCUGUAUGUAAUUAAGCUCACCACCAUGUCACUUUUCUGCAAUUUGGCUAAAAACCUAUAUGGAGCAUGCUUAAGCAAUUCAGUAAAAAGUACUUUUGGCUUGAAUCUCAGCAAACUCUCCUACGAGUCUCCUUUAAUGAGCUAUGCUGUUAUUAACGUCCGUUACAAGCAUCACAAUGAUCGAGUAUUUAGGAAGAUAAGGGGAGGUGGACGCCCUCUUCCACAAGGUGUUAUUCCACCAGAGCCUAAAAAGUAUGGGUGGAGACCAGUGUAUCCUGAAGAUGGCGAGUACACGACACGACCUCUCCCCAUUAUAAAAAUGGGAGGUAGAGAUCCGGAGACUGGUAAAGUUGUAGUGAGAACAAUCGGUGGAGGCCACAAGAAAAAAUUUCGUUGGGUGGACUUUAAACGAGAAGCACGCCCUGACGGUGGCGUCUUGGAAGAGAGGGUACUGAUGGUCAGAUACGAUCCAUGUAGAACAGCCCGUAUAGCCCUGGUUGCUACUGAAGACCACAAAAGGUGGAUAAUUGCUUCUGAGUUUACUAAAGUGGGUGAUAUCAUCAGGACAUCAGGCGAAAUUCCUCGCAUACCUAUUUGUCCUGUAGAUGGGGAUGCCUAUCCUAUUGGUGCUCUUCCCAUCAGUACAAUGGUUCACUGCAUCGAAACAACCCCAGGAUCCGGAGCCAUCUUCUGCAGAGCCGCCGGUUCGUCUGCUCAAUUGGUCAAGAAAGUGGACAACAAGUGCAUCAUUCAGCUUCCUCAUAAACGCCAAGUCUGUCUGGAUGAAAAAUGUAUGGUGGUUGUGGGAAGGGUUUCUAAUCCAAAUCACGGUAGUAUACCGAUCGGUAGUCCCAACCGCAUGAGGUGGCUGGGAAAGAGACCUCGUUCUGGACUUUGGCACAGAAAAGACGGGUAUUGUGGACGGAAAGUACGCCCACCUAAAAGUAUGCUUGACAUGCUAGCACCCACAGAAAAGAAAACUGAGUUUUAUAAUUUAACUUUUAAGGAAUAAUUUAUUUUAUUCCAUGCAUAAAUAAACAGAUUAUCUGUGUUCUACUUUCCAUGUUUCAUUUUUGCAUUUCUUUAAAAACAUGUGUAAAAUAUGUUAGUAAAUGACAAUACUGUAUUUUAUAUUAAAUAUGUUUAUUUAAUGGGAAAAA